UCCUCAGUAAGUUUGGAGGGGUGGCCUCAGACGUGGCCAAUCAAAUGCUGAAGUUAGGCUUUUCUCUGGUGAGCUGCUUGUGUUCACAAAGAGAUUUAACUUCUGGUGAAAUUCAGUAAAACUGCUUCAUCAUGACGUCCAGCAUCGAUCUCAACACUGGGGCACAGAUGCCCAUUAUAGGCCUGGGGACCUGGAAGGCGUCUCCGGGGCAGGUAGAAGAAGCUGUGAAAACAGCUAUACUCACUGGUUAUCGUCACAUUGAUGGGGCCUAUUUUUAUGAGAAUGAGAAAGAGGUCGGGGUCGCUGUUCGUGCCAUGAUUGAUGAAGGAGUGGUGAAAAGAGAGGAACUCUUUAUUGUCAGUAAGCUGUGGUGCACCUUCCAUGAGAGACAUCUGGUCAGAGGAGCCUGUGAGACGACCUUGAGAGAUCUGAACCUUGACUAUCUGGAUUUAUACCUAAUUCACUUCCCAAUGGGCUUUAAGCCUGGAGAAGAGAGUUUCCCUUUUGAUGCCGAGGGACAAGUCAUUCCAGAUAACAGCAACUUUCUGGAGACAUGGGAGGAAAUGGAGAAGCUGGUGGAUGCUGGGCUGGUCAAGGCCAUUGGUAUCUCUAACUUCAAUCGAGAGCAGACUGAAGCAAUCCUGAACAAACCAGACCUCAAAUAUAAACCAGCAAACAACCAGAUUGAGUGUCAUCCCUAUCUGACACAAGUGAAGCUGAUCAACUACUGUCAGUCUAAGGGCAUCUCCGUGACCGCAUACGGUCCUCUGGGAUCCCCUGAGAGACCAUGGGCGAAGGCAGAUGAGCAGUCCCUAUUGGAGGACCCAAAGAUCAAGGCCAUAGCUGCUAAAUAUAAUAAGACAACGGCACAGGUUCUAAUCCGGUUCCACAUUGAGCGGAAUGUUUCAGUUAUUCCCAAAUCUUCCAAUCCAGGGAGAAUUAAAGAAAAUUUUCAGGUGUUUGAUUUUAAGCUGAAUGAGGAGGAAAUGAGCACCAUUCUCAGCUUCAACAGGAACUGGAGAGCAUUUCCAAUGGAGUGGGCUACCAAGCACAAGGACUUUCCACUGAACGCAGAAUACUAAAGCUCAGUUAUUACACACAGUCAGGACAAUGCUUCUGAACUACAAUUAAGCUCAAACAUCAUAUAUAUUAGAAACACUAUAAUAAAAAUUUAAUGGUAUAAUAUAAUAUUUUGUUCAUUAGAGAUUCUAUAUUGACUUGAUUUAGCUGUAAAUGUGAUUAUUUGUCGCCACUGCAGACGUUGCCCAACUCGUCUUGUGCUUGUUUUUGUAGGUUCAGUUUCGUCAAUCUGGCAACCCACAUCAGCUUUGCCAGUGGGUGCCAAUUUAUAUAAUUUAUAUAUUUUCUGUCAUUUAGAACAUAUAAUUCAUUCAAUUUAUUGUUCUUUACACUUUUGCAAAGAAAAAUAGUAAUAUCCUGACAGAAAUAUUUAUUGGAAUAUUUACACUCUUUUUAUGUAGGGGCGUAGAUUAACAUAACACGUAUAGGAGAUUUAUGGUGGAGAAUAUAAUCAUCAUAUUUAACCUUAUGUGGUGCUUGGGAGAUAUACUGAGAUAUAUACCACGAUAAUGAAGGUAUCAGGAAGGUAUAAGAUUAUCAUGGUUUAUUUUUUUUCAUUUUUAAGUUUUGUACUCAGCCACUGUUUGAGUGAAUACAGAACAAUAGGGUCAUAAA